AUGUUACGUUUUGGAUUGAGUCCUGUUAAGCGCAGUGUUUUGUUGAGACCCCGGUACUUUUCGUUGAGCAAGUUUGCUUUGAACGAUGCCAAGUUACCAGGCUCCGAACAAAACGCCGAAAAGCCAAAGAAGAAGCCUUUGUCGAGACUGCCAGUUGGAGGCUCUGAUUACUCACAGCAGACGCUAAAAAGAAACCCUAUUGAGUUCCUGACAUGGAAGGCUGUGGUUGUGUUUGUUGUAUUUGGAUCUGCUUUGACUUACGUGUUCACCAACGAGAAGGAAAAGUUGAAGUUGCGUAGAGAAGCAGAGCAGAACCGUGGUGUUGGAAAACCACUUAUUGGUGGACCAUUCAACCUGGUUGACACAGACAACAACAAGUUCACCCAGGACAAUUUGCAAGGUAAAUUCUCCAUUAUUUAUUUCGGAUUUACCCACUGUCCAGAUAUUUGUCCAGACGAGCUGGACAAGCUUGGAUUAAUUUUGGACGGGCUGAAAUCAAAGCACAACAUUGACCUCCAGCCUAUAUUCAUCACGUGCGAUCCAGCUAGAGACAGUCCGGAGGUGAUCAAGGAGUAUUUGAAGGAUUUCCAUCCGUCCAUCAUUGGACUGACAGGAGACUACGACAACGUUAAACAAUGUUGCAAGAACUACAGAGUUUACUUUUCAACCCCACGGAACGUGAAGCCAGGUCAGGACUAUCUUGUUGACCACUCGAUCUUCUUCUACUUCAUGGAUCCGGAAGGAGAGUUCAUUGACGUGUUGGGCCGCCAAUACGACGCAGAUCAGGCCAUCGACAAAAUCAAGGCCAACAUCUCGGCGUACCAGCCUCGGGCAGAGAGAGAAAAGGCCAAGCAAGGAUGGUUGGGAUUCUUGUAUAAAUGA